UCGAACUCCAACUCAAAAUGAAAAUUGCCGGAGUUUCGCCAUUUUUGAGGGCAGAGACAGAGCUUGAACUGCACUAUGGAACAGACACAGAGCGGAGAGAAAAGAGAAAGGGAAGAAGAAGAAGAAAAAGGCGACAACGAUGAACAAGCGAAGACGAAGAAGACGAUGACGAUGACGCCAUGGGAGCAGCGCUCAGUUGUCAUCAGCAGCCCUCGCUUCGACUACAACCCUCCCUCUUCUCUCCAUCGGCGCUCGCACUCCGGCUUCCUCGUCACCUGCACCAUCCAGAGGGAGAAGAGCGCCACCAAAGAAGCCAUGUGCCUCCCUGAAAAGUAUCGUGGGCCAUUUGCUGCUAGAGAGAGUAAUAACCUGGAGGUGGCUGAUGCAAAGUUAACUGCUAAAUGAAGGUAAGUAUUUCCUGCGGAAUUGGAUAAGGAAGGUGCCAAUGGUGCCGAGUGUGGGCAUUUAACUCAUCAGUAUCAUAACGAGGAUGGUACUCUUCUGGUAAGCUUUCAGAAGAUGCAUCUUCUCAAACAGAGGAAGACAUCAGUGCGAAUAAAUCUCCAGCUCUUUCAUUAGUCAAGUUGACCGGGAGUGGUUUGCUUCUCUUUACAUUCCCCAUGACACCAUUCAAAUUGUGUCUGAUAUUAUUGAUUCCCUGGGAUCUGGAGAUUCGAGUUCCCUACAGUGAGUUUUUAUUUUCCUUCCUCGACAUUAGAAGGAAAUGGCUCCCUAGUUGAUGACAUGCAUUUCCUACCCUGGCUUGUUACUUUAGGAUUGGGCAAUGUGCUAGGGGUCGCUACUGAUGCAUGAGACCUUGCACCGCGUGUGACACAGAAACUUCGCAUUGAUGGAUGA